CGCGUCGUCUUCUCCGGUUUCAAGUCUCCCAUUCCAAGCGUCACCGUCUCCCAUUCCAAGCGUCACCGUCUCCCGUCUCUCAUUUCUCAAGGUAACCCCUUUCUCUCCUCCGCUAAAUCAGAAAUCUUAAGAUCCCGAAUCGAUUAGAUGUUCUAGGGUUUUGAUUUCUUCGCUUCUGUGUGUGUUUCGAUUUCACAUGCAAUUUAAGGUUUCGAUUUCAUUCAAAUCUAGGGUUUUGAUUUCGUUCCAAACUUGGGUUUCGAUUAGGGGUUUUGUCUCUGUCUAGUUAGUGUUCUUGUGACCAAAAAAUUGUCUAAAUUUCUCAUGUUCUUCUCUCUGUCUCUUUUGUUUCGCUUUGUCUCUGUUUAUAUUUGUUUGUAUACUAAUGUUUCUUUGUCAUUGGUUGUUAACAGAUGAACUCACCAAGAGUACCUCCUCCUAUGCCUCCUGGUGCUACUGGACCGGCUUCUAUGCCUCCUGGUGCUACUGGACCGGCUUCGAACCGUGCUGCUUCCUCUUCUCGUUCCAAUAGCUAUCCGCAGAUGACUCUCAAUGCCAUGCUCAAUUCACCUGCUAGGCUAGCACAGCCUCAUCUCCAUCCAGAUAAAAUCAAUGGAGCUUUAUGGUAAGAUUACAUUUGGUCUCCAUCUCUUUCUUAGACUAAAAUAGUUUAUGUUAAUUGUUUUAUGGCUGUGAUUGCUUAGGAUAGUUUCUGUUUAGGAUUGUUAGCAAUGAUUGUUUAUUUUUUAGGAUUUUUUGUGAUGUAUUGUUUCUGUUACUGAUGUUGGUUAUCGAUUUAGGUUUGGUAUUGACCCAUGUGUCAACUCUUUCAUUCGGGCAACUUGGCAAGCAUACUACAUGGGGCCUUGGAAGAGUUGGAGGACGGUUCCUGAUGAAAGGAGGGAAUCAUGGUGGCAAACCUUUGUGGUAAGUGACUAGUAUACAUUGUAUAUGCUGUUAACAUGUUUUAAAAUCGCUAACUGUUUUUCUUUCUUUUGUAGCAAAAUUUCUAUUGGGACCCUGAGUUUAAUGACUUAGUCUACGGUCUUUGGAAGAAAGAAACGUGGACAACCAUUGGUGAAAGGAUAAGCAAGAAGAAGAGGCAACAUAAGAAGCCAAAGUACAUCAAUGAAGCUGACUGGACUCUCCUGUUAGAGUAUUGGGCGACCGAGGCAGCUAAAAAGAAGAGCAAGAAGGCUGCAAAAUCUCGCAAGUCUGAUCCUGUGGGUAAAGGCUGCCACAAGCAUAAUGCAGGACAUCGGUCUUUUGCAAGGAUUGAGUAUAACAUGGUAUCUUUCCAUGUCUAUACUCUUAAUAAUGUUCUUUUUUUCUUUCUAAUCUACUGUAAUUAUUUUCCUUUUGUGCAGAUGGUGGCUUCUGGUACUAAUGAGAGGCCAUCAUUCACCGACCUAGUUAGGGCGACACACACCAGACCAGAUGGAACUUUUGUGGACUACCGUGCUGAAGAGUUGGUUACUCAAGCCGAGAUGGAAGCCACACAACUCUCUAACACUGACGGAUCACCCGGGAGUCCAAGUGCAUCAUCUACUCCUUCUCGCCUCAAGAUAAACAAAGCUUAUCUAAAGAAUGCUAAGGGUAAGAGGGGGCAUGUUUAUGGACUCGGCAGUGCCCAAUACAGGGAGCAAGCACCUUCUUCACGCGUCCCUAAUGGUCUUGCGCGCAACCUGGAGCUGGAGAUGCGGGUGGGAGGUCUUGAGACAAGCCUCCAAAGUGUGAGGGAGGACGUGUCUGAGGUGAAGCAGGAUGUGUCCGAGAUGAAGCAGGAGUUUGCAUCAACAAGAGAUGCAAUCAAUCAGCUCCUCCAAAUGCUUCGUCCCCCACAAGCACCUACUGAACAGACUUAUGCUCAGCCCCAAGUCCCAACUCCUCAGCCCUAAGUAGGUUCAUGUCUUCUCUUUUGUAACAAAGCUCAUCAAACUCUAGCUCAUCUUUUGUAGAGUCUUCUUAGACACUCUUCUUCCUUGUAUAAUUAUCUAAGUUUGUGUAAUAUUGAACCUACUCUUUUAUAUAUAUGCAAUUUCUGUUUUAAUUAUAUGUGCAAUGUUUUAAUAUUUGAAUGAAAAUAUAAAUUUUUGAAUUUGGAAAAUUAAAACAAAUCAAAGAAGAAAACCAUUUACAAAAAUGGUUAUUAACGUGGCUAACCAAUACCACGUUUAUAAAAAACAAAAUUGUGGUUUUUUAUAGCCACGAAUACAUAGUGGCAAAACCGUGGUAACGACAGCCACUUUAAAUAAGUUGUACAACCGUGGCUAUUAUAGCCACUAAAACUAGCAACGCUAAAGAAGUUAUUAGCGUGGCUAUUUAAGCCACGAAAAGAAGCGUGGGAAAAGCGUG